AUGAAACGAUUACAAAGAUGGAGUAAACAAAAGAAAACAGGCGCAGUGAAAAAAAGAAUUAUGCAGGAAUGCCGUAUUUUUUUGGAUUCACUUAAUAAUGGUACGAAUGACACAAACAAAUCACUUAGUUAUGAUGAUAUCCGAUUAGAUUCUGGUAUUCCAGUUAUUACGGAAAAUAAAGAAGAUUCGUUACAAAGAGAAUAUAUAAAUAGCCAUAAUACGAGUAAUUUUGGUCAAGUUCGAGUGGAGGCACAGCAGGGUUCCGUAGAACAAGAACAAGAAAAAGCACAAGUAAAUAACAAUUUUUUCGAUUCCAUACCACUUAGUGCGUCAGAAGAUGAAGAAGAAGAGGAAGAAAAAUUUAGUGAUAUUGAAAAAAUUACUGCACUAACUAAACAAUUAAAAACGUGGUCCGUAGGAAACAAUAUUACCCAAACUGCUUUAAAACAGCUUCUGUUGAUUUUGAAUGAAGGCUACGUUAGUACUACAUUAUUACUUCCGAAAGAUCCACGCACUGUUUUGCGUACUCCAAAAGAAAUUUGUAUUAAAAAUAUAGAAGGAGGACAAUAUUGGCAUCAUGGUAUAACUGAACCGUUAAUGAAAUUACUUAAGGAUUUCACGCCCAUUCCAAAUAGCAUUCAUUUAAUCUUUAAUUUUGACGGUCUGCCAAUAUUUAAGAGUGCCAAAAAGGAGUUUUGGCCAAUAUUAGCCAAUGCAGAGGGGAAUGUAUUCACAAUUGGAAUAUACUAUGGUACAGGCAAACCAAAAAUAUUAGAAGAAUAUUUAGAAGAUUUUGUAACUGAGAUGAAAUCAUUACUUAGUAAUGGAAUAAUUAUAGAUGAGAAACUUGUUUCUAUAAAAAUCAAAUGUUUUGUUUGUGAUUCUCCGGCAAGGGCAUUCCUUAAAGGUAAAUAUUUUUAA